AUGUCAGAACUCCCUCCAGCGGGGGAAGGGGGGAGUGCAGCACUCAGUGAAGAGUCAAAGAGUCGAAAACCCCGUCCAGCGGUACAACUGUACCGGCCUGGAAUGAUGAAGGGUGUUGACAUCACAAAAGUCGGUCAAUCACGCACUUUACCAAGAACAAAACCACCGAAAUCACAACCCAUCACCGAAAUAACCACAAACGAUCCACGAAAAUCGGAGAAAUUGGAUGAAUGGUCUGGUAGUGGUAGAAGUAAUAAUCGAGGAGGGAGAGCGGGACGGGGUCGUUCUCGGGGUGGGGGAAAGGGGGAUACGAUUCGCUCGUAUAAUGCAGCUGACCUGGAUCAACGUUCUGAAAUAGCAUCAGUGUGCAGUAACGAUGAUAUUCAAUCGGAAGGUGGUUAUAAGCGAAGAAGACGUCGAAGGAAGAGUAGUGGAGGCUCAUCGUCCACAAGCAGUACGUAUCGCUACGAGUCCAACUCGACAAUCACCUCAUCCAGAUGCAAUAUCAAUAAAGAGGCUGUGAGCAACAGUCCCAGGCAACGCCUCAUCAAUAAUGUGAAAGGAUUUCAUAGCUCAAGUCAGUCGUUAUUCGACAGACCUCCGUCGUCACUGGGAGGACGGCAGUACAGGAACUAUAAUUGGAACGAUGAGCAUAGUUGGAGAUUCAAUUCGAAAUCACCGAGCAAGAAACAGAAUAGAAAUGAGCAAUUUCGCGGCGAUGGAACUGUUGCGGCGGAUUAUAAUCAGAAGCAUUUCGAGCGUAACCACAGAUAUUCGUCAUAUCGUGAACAGAGCCGUGGCAGUAACAACAACAAAAAUACGAGUCGAUCAAAUCACGAUGACAGAUUUGUGUCGGCAUACGAAGGCUCCGAUAUGUAUGCUUCGAAGAGGUCGGGUCAACAGAAGCGUGGCGGGAGGGGACGGGGACAGCAACAGAGCAAUGGCCCAUUCAGAAGUGACCGUCAUGCGGGAUCGAAUUCUGGCAGCAGAAAUAAGUCAGAGACGAGAAGUGGACAGCGAUUAGAUGAAGAGUAUCGUACUGAUGAAGAGGUUUUCGAAAGACCGUCAGAAAAGUAA